AUGAGCGGACACUUUGAGGAAGACGCGCACCGGAGGACGGAGAGGAAAGGCAGUAAAUCCCCCACUUUGCUGUCUUCUUACUGCAUUGACAGCAUUCUGGGCCGCCGGAGUCCCUGCAAGGUGCGGCUCAUUGGCGCGCAAACUUUGGCUGCACUGCCCGGCAGAGGGGAGCUCGACAGGGCGGCUCUGGGCCCCAGCAAAGAGCCGCUCUCCCUGCCGGGCGUGGACAUGCACCUGCCCCCCAAGCUCCGCCGCCUCUACGGCCCUGGAGGAAAGUACCUCCAGGAGCAGGCGGACAAGCUGGACCGAGAGCGGGUCCUGCUGGAGGGGGCCGCGGACAGCCUAAAGAUCGUCCAGGCUCCGCAGGUGAGCAUCAGCCGCAGCAAGUCCUACAGGGAGAACGCGGUUCUGAGCCGGCCGGAGGGCGAGCGCAGAAGCCCCGCGGAGGCUGCGGAGAGCGGCGGCCUCAUGGACCGGGAGGAGCUGACCAAGUUGGAGGAGGAAGCGGUGAAGGAGGAGGAGAGCUCCGGCGGGGACGCCGCGGCGCUCUCCCCGAAGGACGAGGAGCGGGAGGGCUUGAACGCCGGGGACGGGGAGGACAGCGUGUGUCUGUCCGCCGGCAGCGACUCGGAGGAGGGCAUGAUGAAGCGCAAGCAGCGGCGUUACAGAACCACCUUCACCAGCUACCAGCUGGAGGAGCUGGAGAGAGCCUUCCAGAAGACGCACUACCCCGACGUCUUCACCAGGGAAGAGCUCGCCAUGCGUUUGGAUCUGACCGAAGCCAGGGUGCAAGUGUGGUUUCAGAACCGCAGGGCCAAGUGGAGGAAGCGUGAGAAGGCGGGUGUGCAGGCACACCCGCCGGGCCUCCCCUUCCCGGGCCCCCUGGCAGCAGGCCACCCUCUCAGCCACUACCUGGAGGGAGCACACUUCCCGCCUCACCCGCAUCCCGCCUUGGAGUCGGCGUGGACGGCAGCAGCGGCCGCCGCCGCCUUCCCGGGCCUCGCCCCGCCCCACCACAACGGCUCCGCACCGCCGCUCGCCACCCCCCUCGGCUUGGGCACCUUCCUGGGCACGGCGGCCAUGUUCCGCCACCCGGCUUUCAUCGGGCCCACCUUUGGCAGGCUCUUCUCAAGUAUGAGUCCUCUGACCAGCGCUUCCACCGCCGCCGCGCUACUGCGACAGCCCGCCCCCCCCGCGCACGACAGCUCCCACGCGGGGCCCGUCCUCCCAGACCCGUCCCCUGCUUCCGCCCCUGCAUCUUCCUCGGCUGCAGCAGACCGCCGGGCCUCCAGCAUCGCCGCCUUGCGCCUCAAGGCCAAGGAACACUCGGCCCAGCUCACCCAACUCAACAUCCUGCUCCCCGGCGCCACAGGAAAGGAGGUGUGCUGAAUACUCAACCCACCCACCCCCCGAAAAGAGCGAAAAAGUCCCCCCCAACAAAGUAGCACAACCAAACCGAGUAAAAAGAAAAAAACUGUGCACGAGCGCCACAUCAUUUGGUCAACAUUCUAAGAUCCAAUGCAAGAACUGCCUCAAAAAAGAUGGACUAAAAAUGUUCAUUAUAAACUCACAGCAAUUGUAUUUCUUUCACAGUAACAUUCACCGUAAUGGUAACACUUUAGCAUGGGGAACAUAUUCUAAGUAACAAAUACUUAAUUUAGAGUUAUUUGGACACUAGGGGAACAUAUUGUAAGUAAAAAAGACUUAAUUGAGAGUUAUUUGGACACUAGGGGAACAUAUUGUAAGUAAAAAAGAUUUAAUUUAGAGUUAUUUGGACACCAGGGGAACAUAUUGUAAGUAAAAAAAAAUACUCAAUUGAGAGUUAUUUGGACACUAGGGGAACAUAUUGUAAGUAAAAAAGAUUUAAUUUAGAGUUAUUUGGACACCAGGGGAACAUAUUGUAAGUAAAAAAAAUACUCAAUUGAGAGUUAUUUGGACACUAAGGGAACAUUUUGUAAGUAAAAAAGACUUAAUUGAGAGUUAUUUGGACACUAGAGGAACAUAUUCUAAGUAAAAAAUACUUAAUUGAGAGUUAUUUGGUCACUAGGGGAACAGAUUCUAAGUAACAAAGACUUAAUUGAGAGUUAUUUGGACACUAGGGGAACAUAUUCUAAGUAAAAAAGACUUAAUUGAGAGUUAUUUGGACACUAGGGGAACAUAUUGUGAGUAAAAAAGACUUAAUUGAGAGUUAUUUGGACAAUAGGGGAACAUAUUCUAAGUAAAAAAGACUUAAUUUAGAGUUAUUUGGACACUAGGGGAACAAAUUCUAAGUAAAAAAUACUUAAUUGAGAGUUAUUUGGUCACUAGGGGAACAUAUUCUAAGUAACAAAGACUUAAUUGAGAGUUAUUUGGACACUAGGGGAACAUAUUCUAAGUAAAAAAGACUUAAUUGAGAGUUAUUUGGACACUAGGGGAACAUAUUAUGAGUAAAAAAGACUUAAUUGAGAGUUAUUUGGACAAUAGGGGAACAUAUUCUAAGUAAAAAAGACUUAAUUGAGAGUUAUUUGGACACUAGAGGAACAUAUUCUAAGUAAAAAAAUACUUAAUUGAGAGUUAUUUGGUCACUAGGGGAACAUAUUCUAAGUAACAAAGACUUAAUUGAGAGUUAUUUGGACACUAGGGGAACAUAUUCUAAGUAAAAAAGACUUAAUUGAGAGUUAUUUGGACACUAGGGGAACAUAUUGUGAGUAAAAAAGACUUAAUUGAGAGUUAUUUGGACACUAGGGGAACAUAUUCUAAGUAAAAAAGACUUAAUUUAGAGUUAUUUGGACACUAGGGGAACAAAUCCUAAGUAAUAAAGACUUAAUUGAGAGUUAUUUGGACACUAGGGGAACAUAUUGCAAGUAAAAAAGACUUAAUUGAGAGUUAUUCGGACACUAGGGGAACAUAUUGUAAGUAAAAAAGACUUAAUUGAGAGUUAUUUGGACACUAGGGGAACAUAUUGUAAGUAAAAAAGACUUAAUUGAGUUAUUUGGACACUAGGGGAACAUAUUCUAAGUAACAAAGACUUAAUUGAGAGUUAUUUGGACACUAGGGGAACAUAUUGUAAGUAACAAAGACUUAAUUGAGAGUUAUUUGGACACUAGGGGAACAUAUUGUAAAUAAAAAAGACUUAAUUUAGAGUUAUUUGGACACUAGGGGAACAUAUUCUAAGUAACAAAGACUUAAUUGAGAGUUAUUUGGACACCAGGGGAACAUAUUGUAAGUAAAAAAGACUUAAUUGAGAGUUAUUUGGACACUAGGGGAACAUUGUAAGUAAAAAAUAUUUAAUUUAGAGUUAUUUGGACACUAGGGGAACAUAUUGUAAGUAAAAAAGACUUAAUUGAGAGUUAUUUGGACACUAGGGGAACAUAUUGUAAGUAAAAAAGACUUAAUUGAGAGUUAUUUGGACACGAGGGGAACAUAUUGUAAGUAAAAAAGACUUAAUUGAGAGUUAUUUGGACACUAGGGGAACAUAUUGUGAGUAAAAAAAGACUUAAUUGAGAGUUAUUUGGACACUAGGGGAAUAUAUUGUAAGUAAAAAAGACUUAAUUGAGAGUUAUUUGGACACUAGGGGAACAUAUUGUAAGUAAAAAAGACUUAAUUGAGAGUUAUUUGGACACUAGGGGAACAUAUUGUAAGUAAAAAAAGACUUAAUUUAGAGUUAUUUGGUUAGGGUUAGAGCAGUGGUUCUUGACCUGGGUUCAAUCGAACCCUAGGGGUUCGGUGAGUCGGGCUCAGGGGUUUGGUGCAGGUCAAGACACACCCGACUCAUCGUGUAAAUAAAAACUUCUCCCUAUCGGCGUAUUACGGAUACGGCAACAGCAGAAGUCACACCAGGGGUAGGGAACCUAUGGCUCUAGAGCCAGAUGUGGCUCUUUUGAUGACUGCAUCUGGCUCUCAGAUAAAUCUUAGCUGACAUUGCUUAACACGAUAAGUAAUGAAUAAUUCCGCUGGUAAUCACAGUGUUAUAAAUAACGACUACAAAGCCAUCAGCAAAACCAUGCAGCACCAGAAGUCGCAUUAAUGGUAAGAAGUAUUUUAUUUAUUAUUGGUUAGCUUCAGAAUAACAAUGUUAUUAAAAAGAAUAAGAGACUUAUUAUACUCUAAAAAUGUUGGUCUUACUUAAAAAUGCACGCAUUUAGUUGUAUUCAGUGUUAAAAAAAAUAUUACAUGGCUCUCAUGGAAAUACAUUUUAAAAUAUUUGGCUUUCAUGGCUCUCUCAGCCAAAAACGUUCCCGACCCCUGAGUCAGACUGUGUAGGUGUGUAAUUUGUUGUGAGUUUAUUCACUGUGUUGGUUUUGUUCUUUGAACAAGGUGAUGUUCAUGCACGGUUCAUUUUGUGCACCAGUAAAAAAAAAACAUGGUAACACUUUAGUAUGGGGAACAUAUUCACCAUUAAUUACUUGCUUAUUAACAUGCAAAUUAGUAUCAUUUUGGCUCUUAACUAGUCAUUAUUAAGUACUUAUUAAUGCCUUAUUCGGCAUGGCCUUAUUAUAACCCUAACCCUAACCCUAACACUAACCAAAUAACUCUCAAUUAAGUCUUUGUUACUUAGAAUAUGUUCCCCUAGUGUCUAAAUAACUCUAUAUUAAGUCUGUUACUUAGAAUAUGUUCCCCAUACUAAAGUGUUACCAAAGACAUAUAACUUUGUCUUGAAUUUGAAAAAAAACUAAACAUUUUAUUUUUCACUAAAGAAGGGUUCGGUGAAUGCGCAUAUGAAACUGGUGGGGUUCGGUACUUCAAACAAGGUUAAGAACCACUGGGUUAGAGGGUUAGGGUUGUUGUUUAAUAAUGCCAUGCAGAAUAAGGCAUUAAUAAAUACUUAAUGACUAUUCAAGAGCCAAUAUGUCACUAAUUUGCAUGUUAAUAAGCAACUAAUUAAUGGUGAAUAUGUUCCCCAUACUAAAGUGUAAUUUCUUGUCAAAUAUAUUUUCAGUACUUUACUAUAACUUACAAUAAAGUUACAACUAAAUGCUGUUACUUUGCAAUUGUAAAUUUUAUUUUAAAUCACUCUCGUUUUAGCAACAUCCCGCCACCUACUGUACACUGUCGCCUAUGGAACAGUUUGAAUUAACUUAUUGUGAUAAUACAGAGGACUGACUACAUUCUUGUACUGUGAAAGAACACUUAAUUGCUAUGAAAUAUAAGGGUAUCGUUAUUUUUACAGUCAGUUGUAAUGUUACAGUAUUUUUACUGUAAAAAAAUACAGUUAAAUGCUGUGAAAUUUUUACAGUGUGUUCUUAUUUUUCUUUGUUUCUGGUGGUGUUUAAGUGACAAAAAAGAAGCACUUCUAUUCCAGUAUUAGGCAAAUUCUGUUUUUUUUUUUUUUUUUUAAGUCUUGCAUUGGAUCUUGCAGCUGCAAUUUAAUUUGAUGGACCUUCAUGACCCGAAUAUAAGACCACCCCUCUUUUUAGGAAAAAUAUCCCUUGGUAAAUACACCACUGACCCCCAAGUCACUAGUGCAUGUGUGAGCGACAGGAGGAAAAGCUAAAUCCCUAUAGUACACCCCAGACCUAAGACAAACAACGUUUAGAGGUCGUCUUAUAUUGGGGUCAUGACAGUAGUUUUAAUAUGUACUAAAUUCACUUUAACAUGGUGGCCUGCCAAUAUAAAGCAUCAGAAGUAUCCCGUGCUAUACGUCAAAUGUACCGACGGGGCUGGGACAGUACAGGACCCUGACUCUUUGCCACCCACCCACCCAGAACCAAAGGAAAACGGUCCCACAGACCUGACUUAAGUCAUCUCUACAGGAAUGACUCCGGUCCCCUAAACGACUGUAAAUGAAAGUUGUACAUAUACUGUGUAAAGGGAGGACGCCAUUUCCAACAAAAGUCAUCAUUUUCCAAGCUUGUGUAUAUUUCAGGAGUUUUGAUCAUUUGCACUCGGUGUAGUGUGUGUGAUGAAUGUCCACCCUGUGUAGAAUUAUUCCAGCUGUGUUUAAUCAACUAGAUUUUUGGAUCAUUAUUUAUGUCUAAGCUACGAAGAGUUUUUUUAAGCGGUGAUGGAAAAAGUCCGAAAAUGAGUUCUUUUUGGCAUUCAGGACACAUGUGAAAUAUUAUAGAACUAUGAAUAAAGAGUGUUAUGAGGA